AUCUGAUUGCCCUUGCCAGCUCGCAGGGCUGUUGAUGUAUUGUUUCAGCGUGCCUGCAGGCCACACCCGCAAUCCUGUCGCAGCCCGAGCCAAUCUCGCUGGCAUUUCUCCCAGGAAACUUCCUGGCCAUCAAUCAGCCUCCCCAUCCAAACCUCAUAUAAUCUUGCACCCUAUGAAUCCACUCUCCUUCGUGACGCUCUCAUGGCUCUCGGGCCUCCUCCGCACUGGCUCCAGUCGCAAGCUGGAUGGACGGGACAUCGAGGCUGUCACCGCCAAAGUACAAUCGGAUGUCCUGAUCGACCUUUUCCGCCAACACCGCGACCGGCUGCUUGCCCCGUCCCUGCUCAAGGACAAGACGCCGCCGACUCCGAAAGCACCUGUCAUUGACUCCAAAUCCCUCUUCAUGAUCUACUGUCGGCUUUUCUUCUGGAGGUGGCUUGCCUCGUUCCUGUGCUCCGCCAUCAACAUGGUUUGCCGUCUUGUCACGCCGCUGAUUCUCUACGAGAUCAUAGAGCAGCUCUCGGGGCGGCGCUCAGUCAUCAACAACGGCUACGCGCUUGCCUUCUUGAUGUUCCUGGCCAAUCUCGGAGCCGGCUUCUCUCAGGCACUCUCCACCCAGAUCGCCACCAAGGUCUCUGCCGACAUCAAGGCUCUGAUUAUCAGCAACGUCUAUGAAAAAUCAUACCGUCUCAACGCCAAGAGCAUGGCCAGCUUCAGUGAAGGCUAUCAACUUGUGCUCGUGACUGUGGACAGCGACAUGAUCAGCAAUGUUGCCAAGAACGCCGAAAAGCUUGUCCUGGUUCCAAUCGAGGUUGCCGUCACAAUGUUCCUUCUGUCCCAGUUCUUUGGCCUCCGCAUUGUCACGAUUGGUGCAUUGGUGACGGCUGCUUGCCUGUUGCUCUGCGGCGGAGCCUCGAUCUUCUUGGGCCGCUUCCAGCGCAAGAUGCUCUCUGCAAACGACAGUCGUGUCUCUCUGCUCGAGGAGAUCUUGGUCAACAUCCGCACGGUCAAGUUGCAGUGCUGGGAAUCGCUCUUCGAGAACCGCGUCAGCGCCAUUCGCGGGAAGAUGCUCUCGGGUCUGGCGGGCUACCUGGUGUUCAACGUCAUUCUGCUUCUUCUGGUUUUGAUUGUGAUGUAUUUGCUGCCCAGCAUCGUCUUUGGUGCCUUUUUGAUCUCCAACAGCGAGGCCGUCCUUACUGCCAACAUUGCCUUCCCGUCCCUGAGCUUGCUCGGCCAACUGGAGAGCCUGUUUGUGUUUCCGGUUGCCACCAGCGCUAUGGGACAGGCCAAUGUGUCUUGGAAGCGAUUUGCGUCCUUCUACUGCGCCGACGAAGUUGAAGCACCACUCCGUGAUGAUGAUGAAUCCAGCAGCGACGCUGGAUACGCCAUCCGGAUCCAGAACGGAUACUUCCGAUGGGAUUCUACCCCACCGGCACCUAAGAGGAAGCGAUUCAACUUUUCAAAGUUCAAACAAAGCCUCCGCCGCAAGCACAAGCCUCAAAACGACGGCGGCUUGGUUAUCAUCCAGGAUUACCCCUUGGACCCUGUUAGAAUCGGGAGCGACCUUGACAAAGCUACAAAUGGUUUGCACAAAGACAAUCCAAGCUCCCAAGCCGGGCUAAGUGCCUCGCACACCACCAUCUUCAACUCGCCUUCGCAUGGCAGUUCCAUUUUCGGAGAGGUCUUGCUCUCCAAGAGCUCUUUCGACAGCUCCGGGUCAAGGGCUAGCCACGGUUCCCAGCUACCGCUCUUUGAGAAUAUCAAUCUUACGAUUCAGAAGGGCUCGCUCGUCGCCAUCGUCGGAAAGGUGGGCUCUGGAAAGUCGUCCAUCUUCUCCGGCAUCAUCGGCCACAUGAGCAAGCUCUCUGGCACCACAACCAUCAGCGGAAAGCUGGCGUACGUUCCGCAGCAGCCUUGGAUCAAAUCGGGCUCGAUUCGAGACAACAUUGUGCUGGAAUCGGACGGUCCAGAUACGUGCGAGCGACUCGAUCGAGCGGUUCGCUGCUGUGCACUUGGACCCGACCUAGACAUGCUGCCGGCUGGAAUUCACACUCAGCUCGGAGAACGCGGGGUGAAUCUCUCUGGCGGCCAAAAGGCCCGGAUCGCACUAGCCCGCGCGGUGUUCAGCGAUGCCGACGUAUUUUUGCUUGACAACCCGCUGACCGCAUUAGACACGACUGUGGCCAAACAGGUCUUUGAAGAUUGCAUUGCCUCCAACACCGGCAUUCUCGGCGACAAGACUCGGGUCGUCAUCACCAACCAGCUCUCAUUUCUGCCGCUGUUUGAUCGCAUCAUCAUCGUGGACAAGGGCAGGAUUGUUCAUGACGACACAUAUGAGCACCUUAUUCAACUCAACAGCCCCGAGGAUCUGUUUGUAGACAUUGAGCCGACCGACGAUGAAGAAGUGUGUCUUUCGCAAGAGAACAUGGCAGCUGUUGAUUCGGCCAACCAGAUCCACUCUAAUGACGUCGAUGAUACUGAUGAGCUGGAGACGCCAAAGCCAACAUCUGGCUCUGAGCAGCCUGCGCAAGCCCAGCCAACGCAGUCCAUCAUUGCCAGCGAGGAACUCCGCCACGGCUCUGUGGGCCGCAAAGCAUAUCUGGAUUACUAUAGAUACACCUCUGGGUAUCUUGGCAUGACGCUGCAGAUCAUUUGUGUGCUGCUCAUAAUUGCCGCCAACAUCAGCGCCACUCUGUGGCUCAAUGCUUGGAUGGGCGAAUCGUCCGGCAUGAGCCAGUAUGACUCCUGGAUGAUUUAUGCCAUCUUGAAUGUCCUGCGCUACUCUUUCACAGGGCUGUUCGUCAUUGUAACCAUGCGCAACUCCUUUGUUGGAUCCCGACGGCUCCACGCGCGAUUGGUGCAAAAGAUUCUCUCGGCACCACUGUCGUUCUUUGAGUCGCAGCCUGUUGGAAGAAUCCUCAACCGUUUGAGCAAGGAUAUGGAGUACUUUGAUCAGUUCCAGGCUGACGACAUCAUGAACAGCUUCUGGGGCAUCAGUAGUCUCUUCUGUGCCCUCUUCUAUAGCAUCUACGCUGCACCUUGGAUUGUCGGUUUCUAUGUACCAAUAGCUUGGAUAACUUGGAAGCUCUAUGGAUAUCUCCGCAUGUCUCUGCGUCAGCUUAAGCGUCUGGACUCUAAUAAGCGGGGAACGCUCAACUCACACAUUGCCGAGUCAUUCUCGGGCAUGCUCACAAUUCGAACAAACGAGUGCCAGGACAAGUUCAUUGCCAAACAGCGUGUUCUCACAGACGAAUCCAGCAAUCUGUCGCUGUACCUUGCGUGCUCGUACAUAUGGAUCGAGUUCCGGCUCUGUGUCGUCAUUGCGCUGUUCACGCUUGCAUUCCUGGCGAUUGCCAUGGCCGCUCAUGUGCCAGCUGAGUUGAUCGCGCUGGCGCUGAUUUAUAUUGUCGACUUCCCAGCAUAUAUUAAUUACUUUGGAACGUACUAUGCCCAAGUCGAGCAAGGCAUGAACACAAUCGAGCGAUUCAGCUUCUAUCUCGAGAACGUCGAGUCCGAGGAGGUCUUCAAGAGCUCGGGCGAGAAGCCCGAGGAGCCGGACUGGCCCAGCAGCGGUCGCAUCCAGUUCGAGGAUCUCGAGAUCAUCUAUCCCAGUCGGCCAAACCGUCCAGCCCUCGCUGAUAUCAAUCUCGACAUUGCUCCGGGCGAGAAGGUGGCGAUUGCUGGACGCACGGCAAGCGGCAAGAGCACCGUCCUGAACUCACUCUUCAGGCUGGUCCGACCCUCCAAGGGCCGGAUCGUCAUUGACGACAGAGACAUCCAAAAUGUCGACCUUGGGCUUCUCCGACGAAAGAUCCAGAUUCUUCCCCAGGAAGUUGUCCUGUUUCAUGGCACGAUCCGAUCGAACAUCGACAUGGAGGGCAUGCACUCGGACCAGACAAUCUGGGGAGUUUUGGAGAGCCUUGGGAUUAAGGACGAGAUUUCAGCGCUCCCGAACAGACUUGAGAGCGAAGUGCUGCCACGAGGCGAGAAUCUGUCUUUGGGACAGCGUCAGUUGCUGUGCGUUGCCCGGGCACUGGCAGCCAACCCCAAGAUUCUGGUGAUGGACGAGUCCUCGAGCUCACUCGACAAGGAGUCCAACGCGGCGCUCAACCAGGUCAUCAUGGAGGCCUUCUCCGACUCGACCGUCUUGAACAUCACACACCGACUGGAAACUGUCCGAGACUUUGACCGCAUCGUCGUCCUGAACGCCGGGCGCAUUCAACAAAUCGGAGCCCCGGGCGAUGUUCUCACGAUGACACCCAAGCCAUAAGCACCUCAUUCGUACAGCGUUCCCAGAACGAAACCAAACAGCCCAGCCAUGCGAUUGCUUGUCUGGCUGCGUGCCUCUUGCGACUUGCUCUCCCUCGUCUCGCUCCUCCUUCUCGGCUCUCUCUUCAUGCUCGUUUCCCCUCCCCCCCCCAAAAAAAAACCAUUGCAUCCACCG